AUGCUGAGGAAAACGCUGCAGUUCAGGUAGCCUUCAAUAGGCCUACUUUUCUUAAUUGUUGUGGCUUGAUCAAUUUUUCCAUCCUCACACUAAUGCAGAUUUGAGAUGACACCAUUUGCUUCAUUUGCUGUGCACAGAUCUGAUUUAUGUUUGUUUUCAUCUCUCAGUACAUUACAGAUCUCCUCCAGAAUUCAAACUCAAGAUACAAUCUGAGCCGUAUGGCAGGACGUGCCCGCUUAUCCCUGUCCCACACUGUUCUCCUGUCCCUCACCCUCCUCUCCAAGCGCCUCAGCUAUCGCUCUGUGUCUACCAGUUUCCACCUGGAGAAAGGAAACAUCCAUAGGAUCUUCUUUUCCUUUUGUGAGCGUGUGAACACACUUGAGGACCAACAAAUUAGAUGGCCGACUGGUAUGUAGACUGUUGUUAAGUGUGGAUCAAUUACAACAGUGGUAUACAAAAAUUUUCAGCAUGGACCCCAUUUUAUCCACCAGUAUUUCUGGGGACCCCAUUUUUCCACCAAUCAUUUCUUGCCACCCCAAAUCAAAUGACACAACCUUCAAAUCAGUAAAUUUCAAAUUUUUACAUCAACAAAUAACCUUAAAUUAAUUGCGUUUUUAUCUCUGAUCAAAAUGAAAAGGCAUCAAUAAAUACAUUUACUCAAGAACAUUUUCCCAAUUAUCUUUCUCAAAAACGUUUGUAUAUUGUCCCAACCGAUUACAAUAUCCUGAAAUGUGCACCUUCAAACUAUUUACACACAAUUUACUCCAUCACCCAUGUUUGUUUCUGGUUCUUCUCUCCUCCAGGCAUUGAUGCUGUUGAAAACCUCCCCCCCCCCUCUCCAGCCUGCUGGGGAAAGCCAAUGGCCUGGAAGAGAAGGGUGUCCCCAGGGUCCUGGGAGUCUUGGGGCACACCCGCAUCCCCAUCCGCCUGCCAAUUGGCAAACAGGAUGUGGAGAGCAUGGUGACAGAGGUAAAGAGGAUAAAGAAGGAGGCCCAUCCCGACUCCUGGCUGAACCUGGAGCUGGUUUGUAACCAUACAGGCAGGUUGAUACACUGCAGAAUCAGCAAGGGAUCAGACCUGGACAGAGCCAGUGCUCUGAGGGACAAACUCAAACAGCUCCCUGAGAUGAUGCCCCCAGAGACCUGCCUAGUGGCUAGAGUUGGAUAUCCAGCCUCUGCCCAGAUAUUGACCCCGUACGUAGUGGGUCGUGGCCCCAGGGGAAAUCUUUACAACAGGACCCUGGAAGCCCAUUUUUACCUCCUGGAUCAGGCUGUGGCUGACCUGAAAGCCAGAUUCGAAAGGCUCAGGUAUUUGGACAUGGGGAACUAUGAGAAAGCCAAAGCAGUUGUCCUGACUGCCUGCAUACUCCACAAUGUAUUUCUGGACAUGAGGGAAGUGGUCAAGGGACAGGUUGAGAGGGAGGCUGGGACACAAGAGGGAGAGGGGGAGUGUGAUGAGGAGGGUGUUAGGAGAAGGGAAGCCAUCGCAGAUCUGCUGUACAAAGAGUUGGAUUCUGGAAGUACGUAA